AUGCCAACUAGUCCACGUGACCUCUCGCCAUUCAAGGGAAAGCCCCUCUGGGAACCCGACGACGAUGAAUGGGCCGAGUUGGACGCCAGCCACAUCUCCUCCACUUUCAAAGCGACCUUCAAAGACCCCAGCCAAAACAGUCCGCAAAAGCCGACCAACACCAGCACUCUCUCCCGCUUCAGCGCCACACUGACUUCUUUCCUUCCCUCCUCUCCCACAAAACGCGCUUCCGACGCGCUUCUCCGCGAAGAAGAAGCCCUGCGAGACAGACUGGAAGAACUGCAAAACACAUACUACUCCAAUCCUGCCGGCGACAUCUGCGACAAAGUCAUGACCUCUGUCUUCCUGCCCGGCUCUCACUACUUCCACUACGACCAGAGCAGAGAUUCCGUCCGCGCUCCCCACGUCAUCGAUCUAGAAGCGUAUUUCACAACCCAAGACCCGCUGGUCGGAGCCGCGUACCCGCGUCUCAGCGACGCCAUCGCCACGAUCCUCAGUCACACAAACAAGGAGUGCGUAGAAGCGUUCCUAGACCCGCGGGUGGAGGAGUUCGUGUACAGAAGGGAAGUAGAGAGGAACAAAGCAGGGAGUAUCUUCGUGAUUAGGAGGAAGGGAAAUGCCGUCAUCGCAGGCUCCUACCGCAACCUAGGCUUCACCCUCUCCUGGACCCUCUACGUCAAAGCCAUGAUCGGCGCAACAGGCCUAUGGUACGACACUUAUGCUUCACCCGUAGCAGGCUCGACUCCGAUCGUCGAUGGCGUACCGGCUUGGGAUACUUUUAUACCUAUUGGCACCGAAGACCCAUGCUUACAACUAUCAUCCGACCCUGCUCAGCCCAUUACGUCAGCCCGCAAGAUUGUCUUAGCCAGUCCUGGUCCUCAGAAAAAAAAGGUAGAAGAAGAAGACGAGAUCAGUCCUACGAAUGAGAAGUACGUGUUGUAUCAGAGUAGGACGCUUGCGAGGUAUCUACUGAGGGAUAUUUGGGUUAGGCUUGAGGGGCGGUAUGAAUGUAAGGCUACGUGGGAGGUUGAUGGGGUGGGGAGAGAGGUUAGGCUGAGGAGGGCGUUGGUGGGGUUUGGGGAUGAAGAUGAUGAUGAGUAG